CGGGCUGCGUGUGGCGCGGGGCGGGGCGCGGCUGGUGCGCCUGAGGAGCGAUGGCGGCGGCCUGAACUCACCUAGCCCGGCCGCCGACAGGCCCGGGCAGGGCUGCGUGCUGCAAGGGAGAGCGACGCGUGGGUCGCGGCGCGCGCAGGAGCGCAAGAUUUGCAACUCUGGACUGGGGGUUGAACUCUGGGCUUGCUACUCCAGUUUGGAUCUGUGGCUCCAUGGCCAGCUACUGGAGCCUACAGACCGGAUGAAGCAAAUUGGACACAGAAGUGGAGAAAGCCUCCAGCUGGUACAUUCUCAGUGUAGUCCUCUGUCUGCUGGCCCUGUCCAGCCUGCCUCAUGGAGAAGAUGAACUGGUUGAGCAGGCUGGCCUCCCGGGUCCCUGGGCACCGUGUACCUCAAGGGGCCAGUCUGCAGACUCCUGUCAUGGCUGACCCUGAGACAUGCCUCAUGGUCUUCAAAAAUCAUUGGUCCCAGGUGGUUCGAAUCUUGGAGCGGCAAGGCCCUCGGGCAGCUGCUGGAGGUGCAGAUGAUCUCAGUGCUGUGAGAAACCACACGUACCAAAUGCUAACUUUGCUGGCAGAGGAUCGGGCAGUCCCUUCGGCUCCCUCAGGCCCUGGGCCCCUGUUAGAGUUUGCUCUUCGUGAGGAUCUGUUGAGCAGAGUGUUGACCUGGCAGCUGCAAUGGGAUGAACUUGGGGAUGGGGUUGAGGAGCGUCGGGCUGAGCAGCUGAAACUAUUUGAGAUGCUAGUGAGUGAAGCUCGCCAGCCUCUGUUGAGGCACGGGCCAGUUCGUGAGGCUCUACUUGCCCUGCUGGACGCCUGUGGGCGCCCUGUGCCUAGUAGCCCAGCACUGGAUGAAGGCCUGGUGCUACUUCUCAGCCAGCUAUGUGUGUGUGUUGCUCGGGAGCCUUCAUUGCUUGAGUUCUUCUUGCAGCCACCUCCUGAGCCUGGAGCUGCUCCACGUCUUCUCCUGUUUUCCCGCCUUGUCCCUUUUGUCCAUCGAGAAGGCACCUUGGGCCAGCAGGCUCGUGAUGCUCUACUUCUGCUCAUGGCUUUGUCAGAUGGGAGCCCCACUGUGGGCCGCUACAUCGCAGACCACUCUUACUUCUGCCCGGUGCUGGCCACAGGGCUGAGUGCCCUGUACUCCUCACUGCCCCGAAAGAUUGAGGUUCCAGGGGAUGAUUGGCACUGCUUGCGAAGGGAAGACUGGAUCGGAGUGCCAGCCCUUGCACUCUUCAUGAGUUCUCUGGAGUUCUGCAAUGCAGUCAUACAGGUAGCUCACCCCUUGGUGCAGAAGCAGCUGGUUGAUUAUAUUCAUAAUGGUUUCCUGGUGCCUGUCAUGGGUCCUGCCCUGCACAAAACCUCUGUGGAGGAGAUGAUUGCUAGUACCGCCUAUCUGGAACUUUUCCUGCGGAGCAUCUCAGAGCCUGCCUUGCUCCGCACCUUCCUGCGAUUCCUGCUGCUGCAUCGCCAUGACGCCCACACCAUCCUUGACACCCUCGUUGCCCGCAUCGGCAGCAACUCCCGGCUCUGCAUGGUCUCUCUGAGUCUCUUCAGGACCCUUCUGAACCUCAGCUGUGAGGAUGUUCUGCUGCAGCUGGUUCUCAGGUACCUUGUCCCAUGUAACCAUGUGAUGCUGAGCCAGAAGCCAGCUGUGCGUGAUGUGGAUCUUUAUGGACGAGCAGCUGACAAGUUUCUCUCCCUAAUUCCACGCUGCUGUCGGCAUCAUGCCCCCAGCCCACCUCGUUCAGAGCAUGCCUCAUGGGCACGAGGUGGGCCUAGCCGAGAGUCAGGGAGAAGGGAAGACAUCAUGGGUCCUGGAAGCCCAAGUGUUGAUUCUUCUUCAGUGGUAACAGUGCCUCGUCCCUCCACACCAUCUCGUCUGGCUCUGUUUCUUCGGCAGCAGAGCCUAGGUGGCUCUGAGUCCCCAGGUCCAGCUCCUCGCUCACCAGGGCUCACUGUGUCCCCAAGCUCCAGCCCUGGCCGAAGGCCCAGCCCUGCAGAGGAGCCUGGUGAGCUGGAAGACAAUUACCUGGAGUAUCUGCGUGAGGCACGCCGCGGUGUAGACCGCUGUGUCCGAGCCUGCCGAACCUGGUCCGCCCCGUAUGACGGCGAGCGGCCCCCGCCUGAGCCGAGCCCUCUUGGCUCCCGGACUAAGAAACGCAGCCUACUGCCUGAGGAAGAUAGGGACACUGCGGGGGAAGGGGAGGAGGAAAACCCAGGAAGUCGGGGCCUAGCUGUGGGUGUAGGGGAUACCCCUGGCCACCUACCCCCGCCCCAGCUCAAUGGGGUACCAGGGCCAUGGCCAGAGGGAGCCAAGAAGGUUCGCCUGGUGCCACGGCUGGUGUCACAGGAAAGAGUCAGGGAAUUGUUAGAGGGUACCUCGGAGGGCAUGGCAGGACUAGAGAGCUUUGGGCAAGAGCUCCGGGAGCUGGAGGUGGCAUUGAGCAAUGGUGGAGCUAGUUCCGAGCCUCCCUUAGAGCCUCCACUACCUCCAGAGGAGGAGGAGGCCUAUGAGAGCUUCACCUGCCCUCCUGAGCCCCCUGGCCCCUUCCUCAGCAGCCCUUUGCGGACUCUCCACCAGCUGCCAAGCCAGCCCUUCACUGGCCCCUUCCUGGCUGUGCUCUUUGCCAAGCUCGAGAACAUGCUGCAGAACUCCGUCUAUGUCAACUUCCUGCUGACGGGGCUGGUGGCCCAGCUGGCCUGCCACCCCCAGCCCCUGCUCCGCUCUUUCCUGCUCAACACCAACAUGGUCUUCCAGCCCAGUGUCAAGUCCCUGCUGCAGGUGCUGGGCUCUGUGAAGAAUAAGAUCGAGAGCUUUGCGGCCUCCCAAGAGGACUUUCCUGCUCUGCUAUCCAAAGCCAAGAAGUACCUCAUUGCCCGUGGCAAGCUGGACUGGGCUGAGGGUCCUACAGCAGGACCUGCCCCCCGCCGCUCUGAUUCCCUAGUGAGGAGCCGGAGGCCAUCCUUGGGGGAGUUGCUCCUGCGGCAUGCACACAGUCCAACCAGGGCCCGACAGGCGGCACAGGUUCUUCAACCUGGGCGAGACGGAACAGGACUUGGACUAGGUGGGGCCUCUCCAGGGGCUUCAACUCCAGUUCUGCUCCCCCGGGGCGGGGCUUCUGAGCGCCAAGGUGAGGCUCUGCGAGUCAAGAAUGCUGUCUACUGUGCAGUCAUUUUCCCUGAGUUUCUCAAGGAGUUGGCUGCCAUCUCCCAAGCCCAUGCUGUCACCUCGCCUUUCUUGUUGGAUACUUCAGAGGAGGUAUCUGUUCCUCCCAUCUCAGGCUUUGGGCCCCUCAAUCCUUAAUUUUCUUCCAUGGACAAUCAGGGCCUUCUGUGUCCUAGGCUGAAAUCUAGGACACGGGCUCCUUUUUAUGUUUGGAGGCAGUGGCAAAUGGACUUUUUAAUUUAUUUCAAAUGAAUGUUUUAUGAGAACUUGUUGCAAUAUGUAUAAAAGGGAAUUCUCUAUUCUGUGCUCAUUCUUCUUUGCCACACAUUAUCUGUAGGGCUGUGGCCCUAUGAAGGUUGUAUCUGGUGGGUCAAUCAUCAGGGGUAUUUUCUCUUUGGUGAUAACACUGAUGAUAGGGUUUCAGGACAGCCCCCUUUACUGAUAGGAGCUUAGAGGAUUGAUGAUUAUAGGGAAAUGAAGACUCUUCGUUUGUCUGGACCCUAGAAGGAAGAAGCACACAGGCCCAGGGUAGUUUGGGGGUGCAGCAGCUGAUGUUUAUUGGGGACCAGUAUUUGUAUGCCAGAUCUUAGGGGCCUUGCCCCCUGCAUCUCUUGUCUCAGCUUCAUUCGUCGCUGUCGAACUCCGAGGACAGACCCUGCAGCAGGGGCAGGGACAUGGAGUGCCGGUCGGGGUCCCCGGGGCCCCCACCCUGGGCUCCUGGUGGGGGGUUGCGGGGGCUGAAGAGCCAGUUCUCUGCUAGGGUUGGGGAUAGUCACAGCUUGACUCAUGCCCUGGUCUUCCUCCCUAGUCCCUCCCUCUGAUUCUCCGUUACCCACCCUCCCCCUCCCUCUACCAGGGCCAUGCUUCCACCUCACCCUCCCUGGGCUCCCUCAGUCCCCUAUGAGGGUCUUGUACAAAUUCUGGGCUGCUGAACCCAUUCCUGCGUUAUAUUCCCUGUACCCUCUCUCUCCAAUGGCCUUUCCCAUCCCUUGUCUUCAUUUCCUUUAGCAGUACCUGAAAGCAUAUAGGGGCCCCUCCGGAAGGGGUUUCGACCCUUAUAGGAGAAUCUGGUGGGUCUGCUUUCUGGCCCUUCUUGGGGAGGUGGUGUAGGUGGGUCUGUGACAGGUGGAGAUACAUCAUCAGCAACUUCAGGGGUAUCAGCAGGUACUGAUGUGGGAGCCAGAGUUGAUAUGAUGCUAAGGCUAGGUCUAACCCAGUUGGCUCCUUGGGGCAAUGGAUCUUUGGUCAGAGACUUCUGUGGUCCCAGCACACCCUUGGGCUGCAGUGAAAACUUGAGGCAGGAGAAAGCAAUAGGUAGUGACCGCUGUAACCGGAGCAGCUGGGGCUCACGGGCUGUAGGCAGUAGCCCUAGCUGCAGCCAGGUGCAGGAGAAGACCUGGUAGAUGACGUAGAUGCUGUGGGUGCUCCGGAGCCAGGGAAGGUUCUGCUGUAGGCUCACCUGCCCUGGCGGUAGCAGCAGGAAGGCAACCUUCUUGCGCAGACCUCCCAUAUGUAGGCGGAUCCGGCAGGGCUGACCAUCCAACAUUCGCAUUUCUUCAUAGGCUAUCUCAGCUCGGCCAUUUGGUGAGUAUUCUCGAGUGCAGUGGGCAAAGACACCCUCAGACCCUGCCUGUUCUAGAAGAUUUGGUAGCAGCCCUACUGAUUUCAGUGCCCUUCGGCCCUGCCGGCCUGGCAAAGCCAGGCGGGUGUGGGCUGGACGGGACUGUUUCACUAGCACGCCCAGUAGAUCAUAGCAGGCUGCAUCCGAGAGGAAAGGUACUGCCACUACAUUGGACCCAAAACGCUCCUCGAUGACCUGCAGGUGGCCAGUUUAUAAGUCAGGGGCUGAGUUAAGGUCAGAGGGUAAAUUGUGUUGUCUAACCUGGCCUUCCCACCACUUCACUGUUCAGGUACAUUGCUACAGUAUACACAGAUCCACACUUAUUUCCUAGUUCCCUCCUGUAGUAAAACCUGAAUAUCUUAUUUUGUGGCAAAUUAUGGUAGAUAUUUGGAUACACACAAAAAAGAGACUUUUUAUCCUAAUGUAGCUUGGGCUAAUUGAGGAGACAAAAAAUGUGAACAGUAGUUAGUUAAGUAAAGUAAUAAUAGCAGGAUGUGGGCAAGGACAAGUGGUUUAACAGCCUUUGUCUUUGAUAGAAAGAUGGUCAAAGAAAUUUCCUAGGUGGCAAUACUUGAGCUUUGGAGGAAUUAACAGGUUGGGCAGUAGGCAUUCCUGGCAGAAGGGGAAAAACCCCUGAACCUUCCAGUCAUGCACAUUUAGGGACACAUAAUUUCAUUGCUUGCAUUUAAGGUAGGAAAAGGAAAGGCACACAGGAAGCUAGGAUAUGGGAAGUCAUCAGUGUAUGCCUUUCAUAAAUAACUGAUUUAUUCUGAGGCUAAUGGGAAGCCACUUGUAGGCCCUGGGUAGGAAGAUGGGAUGAGGAAGAAGAGAGUUGAUUUUUUACUAGGCCUACAGCAGGAAAGAGAAAUAACUUGAGACUGUUGCAAUAACUGCAAGCAAAACACGAUUUUAGUUCUUGAACUAAAUAAUGGGAACUAGUGGAAGUCACAGAACAAGUUCUCUUCAUGGAUGUGGAAAGAAGAACUCUUGAAAGGUCAUGGCUAGGUGAUGGUUUAUAUGGAUACUAUUAGUGAAAAAUGGAUACCCAGAUGUAGGCUUAUAAUGUCCAAUCUUUGACGACAGCAGUCAGUUACCUCUUAUGUGCUUUCUACCCUAGCUAUGAGGAUAGUUUUUCGUGUGUGUGUGUUUGUGUGUGUGUGUGUGUGUUGAGAGAGAGAAAGAGAGAAAGGUUCCUAAUCUUUGUAUUAUUCUAGUAUCCAUUUAGGGUGUCUAGUUUCUUAGGUUUGUCCUUAUUUCUUGUUUUUGUUUAAGUUAUGUGUGCUUGGUGACCAGUUCUAGAGAGUACCCGGGAACACGGUAAGAUCCUCUUUAGUAGUUUGUAACUUAGCUGUUACAGUUUUGACCCAUUCAAAGUUUCAUCAAGUUUCAUUGGCUGAGCCUUCUGGCUCUCAGUUACGCUUGAGAGCACGGCCACACAAAAGUUCCAAGUUCUACAUUUUAUCCCCCAGAUCCCACAUAUCUGUACUCCUACACUGAAUUCACCCAAUGACCCCUAAAACUGCUCUGCUCUUAUUCUGUAACAAAGCAUGUUUUGAAGUGCUGGCCUAUAGUAUUGAAAGAAAGAAAUCAGGGCAUUCAAAGGUGCCUCAUUCUGCUUGAAGUUGCUGAGCUUACCCUGUGUAUCUCUGCCUCAAGUUAUUCACUGAGAUAAUGUAAGGAGAGGUUUUUUUUUUUUUUUUCCUCAUUUCUAUAGUGGAAAACUUCAUUUAUGUUUACUGUAAUUUUAGAAGAUCUAGUGUAGGUACAGACUUCAGUACCGUUGAAACCAAUUACUCUUAAUUUUGAGAAUAUCUGUUGCUUCUGUAUUUCUGCCUCCCUUGCUUAUAUGGUGAGCAUUUUCCCAAGUCAUGGGAAUUAAUGCCAUUAAGGUUGCUUUAAGUCUCGUGGAUGCUGCUCUAAGGUGAUAGUUUAAUUGUGGAAAUAGCACAUUUUUCCUUUUUCCUCUUACAGAUUUUGGUGUUCAUCUUAAGUUCGUUACUGUCCACUCGCCCAUCACUCACUCAUUCAAGUGGCUUUAUAUGUCAAUUGCUAUUAUUGUCUUACGAUUUCCCACUCUUCCUAGACAAAAACCACUUAAGACCCAGCCUGGUCGCACUUUGCCACUUCCUCCAGAGCAUCCUUACUUUACCUACUUUAUCCUUGAUGAGGGCCCAAGUGGCAUCUGCUUCAUCCAGUGUUAGCAGGUGGGGGGUACUGACCAGCAUGGCAGGGAGUGGGGGGGGGUUGGGCAAGGUAGUGGCUGCUGCAGGGACCCCAAGUUGCCCAGGGCUUAAGGCCCACCUACCUUGGUCUGUGACCUACUUUAGCAUGAGGUCAUAGAGGUCCUGCUGGAUGAUAGAGUCUUGGAUACAGAGAGCACAUAACUUUGCUAGCCUCAUUGCAGCCUGUGAGUCAUAAUAUUUACAGUUUUUUAAUUUCGUUUUCCCGUUUCUUUCUUUUUAUUACUCUUUGCCCUUUUAUUUUUCCUUCUGUUCCUGCCCUGCCCUGCCUUGUCCUGUCCUAUCCUGUCCUUGAACAGUGUAGAGAUGCUCCCCUCUUUCUUCACUCCUUUUUUCACUCUUUUUUCUUUUACAGUCCUGCCUCACGGUCUUCUGCCUCAGCCUGGAGCGGUUACUCCAGUGCUUUGGGGGAGGGAAAUGCAGCACGUUCUUUCUGUCUCAGUCUCUCCUUAUCUGUUGUUCUGGGUUUGAGUUUUUUUUUUUUAAGGAAACAGGGUAGGACCACUUCUCCUUCUAACUCCUUUACUAGAGUAACUGCUGUCUAGUUUAGGUGUAGUUUACUUCUCUUUGAGGUUUCAUUGGGGUCCCGAAGAACAUGGAAGUAUAGAUCAAGAACAACGGUGCCAACAACAAUAAAACCCCAGGAAUUCUUAACCUGUAAAUCACCUGGGAGAUUUAAAAAUUGCUGAUACCUAUCUCCUAACAAAUUCUGAUUUAAUUCAUCUGGGGUAUACCUGGAAUCCUAACUUUUAAAAGCUCCUUGAUUGAAACCAGUUAUUAAUGACUGGGUUAUAAAUGCAGUAAAAAGCAGGUGUGUGUAGGAGGGUAUUCGGCUGAGUGAUGGUAACAUGGAGAGUAAGAUAUAAAUGGGAUUAUGUUUCCUUAGUAACUGGCAGGAAUUUUCAGGAAGCCAGAAUUACCCAGGUAAACAUGAAGAUUUUCUUAUGCUCCAUUCCUGUCGUAGGCUGAUUUGUGUGAAGUAGUUUCCUUUCCCACUCCAGUUAUUACUCGUCUUCUCCCUUGUGUCUUUGUCCAGAGAUCUCAGUGUUUUGUUGGAGAAGAAUGACUCUUUAAAAGAAAUAACUUUAGAAUUUUUUAGUAAUCAUUUUCCUACUUCAUACCUUGUCUGUACUGUUUUUGAGGUCCUCUGGGGUCUCUUGUCUAAGUGUUCUGUUUCAGCUUGACCUAGAGGCAAAUGUUGUCCUGAACUGUCGUCUGAGCCAGCUUGAGGUGGUAUGUGUGAUGCCAUACAGAGGGGUACUGCUGUGGUGGGAAAUUGUUCUCAAGAAACCUUUCCAAAAGGAGGUGCAGUUGGCCUCAUGAGAAGGUACGUCUUCUCAGAUAGUACUAAUGCACAGGUGCCAGGUCUUUGAGCAAAUGGUUGACAGACGCUUGAUCCUGUUUCUAAGAGAGGAAUUAAUGUGAGAUGCUUGAAACCUUCAGUACUAGGGGUCUAUAUCCGACACUGAAUGUAUUAUCUUAGAUGAUCCUUUUAGAAAUCUUGUUUUUGUUUUGUGUUUGUUUUUGAGACAGGGUCUCACUGUGUAAUCAAGAAUGGCUCUGAACUCAUUAUGUAGGUACAAGCUGGCCAGAACUUAAAGCCAUCCUCCUGCCUUAGCCUUUGGGCUGGAUGCUGGGAUUAUGAGUGCACCACUGUGCCCAGCUUCUUUUCUGGAGCAGGAAUUAUUUCAUUUUAUAGUGAAGAAAAAGUUCAGUAAAAUUAAUUAGCCAGCAACACACAGCGAGUGGUUAACAACAUGUCUAGGGGUCCAGCUCUUAUUACUGAACAGUAGUUCCUUUUGGUAUUGCUUGCUCACUUCAGUGUGAAAUGAGAGAAAUACAUGUGGCUUAGGAGAAGGAAGUGGGCAGGAUACAAGAGAAGCCACAACAGUCCCAAGUGAGAAACCCCAGGUUUCUUAAGACAGCUGAAACCAAGCUGCUUCUUUUUGUGCCUAUUUGGCAAGCUCCUCACACAAUACCAUCUUUGGUAUUAGAGAUGUAGUUUUCAAUGUUUAUGGGUGUUUUGCCUACAUGUAUGUCUGUGUAUCAUGUGUGUGUACCUGGUGCAAGUUGGAGCCAGAAGAGAUCGUUGGAUUCCUUCGGCUUCAAACAUAUCAUCUUUUUUUCAGUUAAAUAUAUGAACAUUUAAAAUAAAGGCUAUAAAUAGGAUCAUGAUUGUUGGGGUUAGGAUUUGGGCCAAAGUUAUGGAAAAAAAUGUUUCUACAGAGAUUAUUUAUUUUGAAAGUACAGGUGGUGGGCUGUGGGCAUAUAGUUAAUUCUCAGGUUAUAAGAAUGAGGAUAUGCUGGUAAAGCUUUCUGAAUAUAUCAUGUGGUAGUUAUGUAUGAAACAUCAACAAAACACAAAUGUGUUAGAUUUUUGGCUUGAAGGAAAACAUUCUGAGCACACAGCUUCGAAACAAGCGACCUUGGGAGAACUGUGCACAGCUAAGAGUUGAAGGUGCCUUAUCUUCCCCAUGGUGGUAUGGUAACACUCAUUGCUCAUGUACAUUGGUUGCACAUGAUUUCCCUUUCCAUGUAUCAGAGGGGAAAAUGGUGUGUGUGUAUGUAUGUGUGACAUGGGAUCAUCGCCCAGAAUUCCUUUAUAUUUCUUUAUAAUAAUGUAAUAAAUAUCCUACUGCCAUA